AACACUUCUUUUGCUGCUGCUCCAGACAGAUUACUGAAGUUAAGAAGCUAUGCAUUUUGUUCCUUUAGAAAUUGAGGAAAAUAACUGCAAGACCUUCAAGGAUUGUGCUGUUAUGACUUCUCUAUUAAACAUUGAAUGGAUCUCAGACAAACGAUGAACUCGUCAGAGUGGACACCGUCUUCUAUGAACUCCUCACUUGCACUUACUAACCACAGUGAUGAGUCUACCCGGCUCAAACCAGGCGUAUCGGGAACCUGUGAACAGGUCCACAUCGCGCCAGAGGUGUUCCUCACCUUAGGUCUGGUGAGUCUGCUGGAGAACAUCUUGGUUAUCCUGGCCAUCGUGAAGAACACAAACCUUCACUCACCCAUGUACUUCUUCAUCUGCAGCCUGGCCGUGGCGGACAUGUUGGUGAGUGUCUCCAAUGCGUGGGAGACAAUAGUGAUCCACCUCUUGGCCAACAGGAGGUUAGUGGUGGAGGAUCACUUCAUCCGUCAGCUGGAUAACGUGUUCGAUUCUCUGAUCUGUAUUUCUGUGGUGGCCUCCAUGUGCAGCCUGCUGGCCAUUGCUGUUGACCGUUAUGUAACCAUUUUUUAUGCCCUCCGCUAUCAUAACAUUAUGACCGUAAGACGAGCAGGGAUGAUCAUCGGUAGCAUCUGGAGCUUCUGCACUGGCUGUGGCAUCAUCUUCAUUAUCUACUCAGACACCACGCCGGUGGUGGUGUGUCUGGUGGCCAUGUUUUUUGGAAUGCUGCUCCUGAUGGCCUCCCUCUACAGCCACAUGUUCCUUCUGGCCCGCUCCCACGUCAGGCGCAUGGCUGCGUUACCAGGUUACAACGCCUCUAUCCAGCAGUGGUCAAGCAUGAAGGGGGCCAUAACCCUCACUAUCCUCCUGGGGAUCUUCAUCGUGUGCUGGGCGCCUUUCUUCCUGCACCUCAUCCUCAUGAUCUCCUGCCCAAGGAACCUGUACUGCAUCUGUUUCAUGUCCCACUUCAACAUGUACCUCAUCCUGAUCAUGUGUAACUCAGUGAUCGAUCCUCUAAUCUACGCUCUGAGGAGCCAGGAGAUGAGGAAGACCUUUAAGGAGAUUCUCUGCUGCUACAGCCUGCACAGCUUCUUCAUCUUCUCCAGUAAAUACUGAACAACAAUCAGAACUAAACCAAAGAGCCUUUAUGUCAAUCCAUAUACCAGUAUUAUAAUCUCUUAUAUGACUCUAUUCUUCUAGAUGCAGAAUUUGCAUACUAGUCCCGACGGACAGUUCUGGUGGAAACAGGAGAGUUGAGGUGCACAUAGAAUUCUGCCGUGAUUUGGGCAGCCGUGGUUUUAAUUUUUUUGGAUACAUUCAGGGUUAGCACCCGAACAUCCCUUUCAGACAGCUUCCUCUUGCAUCCACAGUUAAUCCUGUUGGAUGUGGUUCCUCCUUGGUGGUAUGCUGACAUUACCCUGGAUACCGUGGCUCUUGAUACAUCACAUAGACUUGCUGUCCUGGUCACAGAUGCGCCAGCAAGACGUGCACCAACAAUUUGUGCUCUUUUGAACUCUGGUAUGGAACCCAUAAUGUUGUGUGCAUUGCAAUAUUUUGCAAUUAAUGAAUAUUGGCCACCAGGCUGCUCCAAUUUAACCAUGAAACCUCCCACAUUAAAUGACAGGUGUUUCAGUUUCAUUGUCCAACCCAUGUAAAACAACACAGUACCACAUACGAGAGAAAUGAAAAACAUUGAUUAUCUUCUUCUACAGUGACUUCUGUCAGGAGGUGGGAUUUAUGCAUUAGGCAGCAAGUGAACCGUUAGUUCUGAAAAGAUAUAAAAGUGAUAAGAAAAGUGAUAAAAAUAAAUUGUGAUUGCUCGAUUGAUGAGCAUCCCCAAAACAGAAGGCAGUUCCUAUGGAGUGGUCCUGGCAUCUAUGAAAAGCUCUCCAAGAAAGGGCAAUAGAUGAACUGGAGACUGCUGAUAGAUGUCCUGUCUUGAUAACAGAUACCACAAACACUUUCAGAGUUCUUGUGGAGUCUAUAUGCCGAACAGGCAAAUAUGUUGUGUAAAUACAAGGGUGACCUACUCAUAAUAAGGCAGAUGGUGCUAAUGUUAUGGAAUUAAAGGAAAAGCUACAUUACAAGACUGUACAUACUGCAUUGAUCCUGUGUCUUUAACAUCCUUAAGCUCUAUUUAUGAGACAUGUUUGGAUUUGUGUAUCACAAACAGUAAGUUCAUUUAAAUAAGUUUUACUUUUUUGUAACAGUAUUUUACAUAUAGUAUUAAUGACCAGGACCAGGAUCCCAAAAGCAUGGUAGUGUUAAGAUAAUAUGUAGAAUGAUAUAAAUGUGUUUUGAUUUGAUAACACAAAAUACAGAUGUGCAAGAAUAAGUAGAUGGACUCAAGUGCAAGUAAAUAUUUAAUAAAAUCAAGAACAGAAAAUAAACACAAACAGAUCCAAAACAAAAGACUGAAACAAACUGACAAAACUAGACUGAAACAAACUGAGAAAAACCAUAAACUGAAACGCAAACACUGAAAUAUACAGUAUAUAUAUAUAUAUAUAUAUAUAUAUAUA